CGGGUAGCGAGUCCUCCGUGUGGCUUCUCAUUGGAACACAAUGCUCAGAGUCCGAGUCGGAGCUGUCCGUGAGCGGCUUCCUGUCGGCGGCCAGCGACUCUUGCGAAGAGGACGAGGGGAGAGACGCCCUCCUCAGAAGCCGCCGCCAUCACUGCGCAGCGCGCUCGGGGGGGCUGCCGGAAUGUCAGGGGAGAGUAACCACGGCAACCGGAACAAUGCCGCCAAGAAGCACAGAACAUCUCUGCCGACUCCUAUGUUCUCCCGAAACGAUGUCAGCAUCUGGAGCAUCUUGAAAAAAUGCAUCGGCAUGGAGCUGUCCAAGAUCGCCAUGCCGGUAAUCUUAAACGAGCCUCUGAGCUUCCUCCAGCGGCUCAGCGAAUACAUGGAGCACACCUCCCUCAUCCACCGCGCCAACGCCGCCGCCGACUCUGUCGAACGGAUGAAGUGCGUUGCCGCGUUUGCGGUGUCAGCUGUGGCGUCGCAGUGGGAGAGGACCGGCAAGCCCUUCAACCCUCUGCUGGGCGAGACGUACGAGCUCAUCAGAGAUGAUUUGGGCUUCAGGUGGGUGUCGGAGCAGGUGAGCCAUCACCCUCCUGUCAGCGCCUUUCACGCAGAGGGCCUCGAGGAGGAUUUCGUCUUCCACGGCUCCAUCUACCCCAAAAUCAAGUUUUGGGGCAAGAGCAUCGAAGCGGAGCCGAAAGGAAUCGUCACACUGGAGCUUCCCAAGUACGACGAAGUCUACACCUGGACGAACCCCACCUGCUGCGUCCACAACAUCAUCGUCGGCCACCUUUGGAUCGAGCAGUACGGCGGCGUGGAGGUCGUCAAUCACAAGACCGGUGAGCGAUGCAGCAUGACCUUUAAACCUUGCGGCCUCUUUGGGAAGGACCUCCAUAAAGUGGAGGGAUACAUCCUCGAUAAAAGCAAGAGGAAGCUCUGUGCCAUCUACGGCAAAUGGACAGAGUGCCUAUACACGGUGGACCCCGCAACCUUCGACGCCCACAAAAAGUCAGACAAAAAGAGUUGUGAGGAGAAAAAGGCCUCCAAACGGAGCAGCGCAGACGAGGAGUCCGAGGAGCUGCCUCCGCCUGACGCCGAGACGGUGCAGGUGAUCCCGCGAAGCGAGCUGGUCUGGAAGAUAACGCCUCGUCCCGACAACUCUGCCAAGUUCUACGCCUUCUCCGCAUUCGCCAUGCAAUUGAACGAGCUCGACGAGAAGAUGGAGGGACUUCUGCCGUCCACAGACAGUCGUCUCCGACCUGACAUCCGCACCAUGGAGAACGGAGAUAUCGAUUCAGCGAGUGCGGAGAAGAAGCGCCUGGAGGAAAAACAGAGGACAGCCCGGAAGAUUCGCGGCAAGUCCCCAGAUGACUGGAAGACCAGGUGGUUUGAGCAAGGAGCCAACCCGCACAACAAAGCUCAAGAUUGGCUCUACUUGAAAGCUUACUGGGACAGGAAGUACUCGCAGCUGCCGGACAUCUACUAGGACCUGGAAACGCGUCCUUGAAACUUUGAACAUGUCAGUGAUUUUGGUGUGGCGAAUAGAAUAAAUGCUCAAAUGCAGUUACAUUAGGUCCAGUGUGAACAGUAGAGCAAAAAAAAACAUUUUUGCCAAGAGUCAACAUGCUUUGGUCAAACAAAAAGAAUAAUUACAUACAUCCACCGGUCUGGUUAAAAUCACUUUUGGGGGGGGGGGGGGGGGUGCAAAUUUAGCCCAACAUUCAAACUUAAUCACUGGCCUUUGGUUUACACUUAAUGGAAACUCAUUUUUAAUUCUCAAUGUGAUGGUUUGACUGCUUGUCGUGUUUCCACAUAUACUGAAAACCUUUUGGUUGUCAUUGUGAAAAAAUUAACUGGAUCCUUCAACUACUACUACUUAUACUUUUUACAUGACAGGAAUAUGUAUAGAGAGUAAUAAGAGUAUUUCAUUUACUAAGUUGUAUUUUUUUUUUUCUUGUUACAGUAAGCUGCUCUCUUGCUGUGAAAGGGUCUUUGUCAAAUAUGUGCACAGUAUGUAUCUUGCUAGCAAUACCAUACAAACAAUGCAUGCAAAUCACUAACUCUGCAACCACCUUCACAACCCUCAUGUGAGUAGCUGCUCUUUGUAACAAUAUAACUACUUUCUAUUGUUGUUAAAUAAAAGCAAAAUUAUAAUAAAGCUCUUGGUUUUGUGGCGCUAUAAUAAAAAAUGUAUACG